AUGGUGCUACUAUGCUUCGUCUUGGAUCUGCGGAAUCUUUCUCCUUCUCUGAUCGGAGAUCUAAAGCAGUCGUUUCUGAAGCUCGCCAAUUUACACGCCAUUUCAUCUUCGGUAGCUUCUCUCUCUGAUCGGAUCGGUUUGUGUUAUAUCAUGAAGGAUCGGAUUUCUGGAAACGAUCAGCUGAAAUUUGCGUACACUCCCAGUGGAAACUUUAGUCUUCGUGACUUCCAUCACGCUGUUAACAGCUUGCCUCUGGACGCGUUUGUUCCUGAGAUCGAUGAAUCAGGAGCCACCUCCUGCAGAGAUCUUAAGCUGUCAAGUAUUCUGUGUGAUCGAGCGUUGUACUCAUGGGGAGGUAGAGACAUUAUGAAGAAAGUUAUCGUGCUGAGUUCUUGCUUCCCUGAAGAAAUGGAUUCUGAAGCGAGAAACACUCUUAUGGUUGCAGCAGAUAAAUGUGUAUCGGUUGAGUUUCUUUUGCUUGAGAAGAGAGCAAGUAGUAUGAGCUAUACACAGGAGAAGAUUAAUAGAUUCCUCAGGUGUUUAUCGGAUUUUGACAAUUGUUCAUUUCAAUCCUGCGUCCCUGAUGGAAAAUCACUUCUUGGCCUUGAAAAGAGAUGGCUUCAGGAUCUAAAGGAUGACACUGCAGAAUCACUGCAGGCCCAGUUUAUCUUCAAACGUAACCUUUUUGGCUCAGUGAACAAGAUCUUCUGCAAUUUCACUGCAGCCACAAAUCAGAUUGUCGACGGAUUAAGCCCUUGUCGAGUACUGAGCCAAACCCUAAACUUGAAUCUUUUAUCUCCCAAUAAGCUUUCACUUAGCAUCCUCAAUACUUUGUUCACUACAGUUUUCCAUCCUCUUUGUUUCUGUUUACAGACAUGCAGGUGCCACGGCAUCCCAUUACGAGAUUCAGUGGAAAACACAACAAAGAAGCUGCAAUGCUCUAUAACCAAUCAUGAUCUUGGAAAUUAUGAUGUGAUUGAAGAUUCUGUGAAAGUUGGCGACAGUGUUGUCCUGUUUUUGCCUUCAGUCCAUAGCCUGCAGAAACUUCUUCCAGUUUCUUCCCAAGUUGAUUUCAGUGUCAUAGAGAGGACUAAUCUAACUUCUAUCAAUGAAGGCCUAAUACUUGGGACGCCUUACAUUGUAAGCCCUUCAACUUGUCAUGAAACGGAAAAUUCUUCAGAAGAAAUGGAUCAACCAGAUCUGAACACUCAGAUUUUUCAGGGACUGUGUGGUGCACUAUACUCAAUGGACCAAGGCUUGGUUUGUUCUUCAAACUGUAAUCUAGACACCAUGUCAGUUGUGGAAUUUCACUGUUACUACAUUCUUCAACCGUCAAAAAAUGGUCCUAUGCUUCUAAGGAGAUUGGCAGGGUCAGAGGAAGUCCUGCCUAUUUCCUCCAGUGUCAGUCAGCUUACCGAGUCCUCUGUUCCUAGAGAAAUCGAGAUUUCUGUCAAAGGCGCUUUGUUAGAGAUUGAGUCAACAGACUACAAUCCCCUGACCCACAACAGAGGCUUCCACCAAAAGCUGAACUUCAUUGUGACACAAAGUCUUCAAUUUGGUUCACUACAUUCAAACUCGAACGAUGCAACAUACGAAGUGAGCUCAGUGGUUUCAGAAGCUGUAGUUCCAACGGGACGAGCAUAUCCAAACAUGAUAAAUCCGUCCACAGAAGAAGAAACACAUCAGGAAAUGCAGAUAAGUGAUGAAGAAGAGAAAGCAACAGCUUCCAUCACUAAAGAAUGGGAACAACUAGUAGUCACUGAGGUUCUCAUGAAGUCUUCUUCUCCGGUUAUAAUAACUACACAGAAACCAAAUAUAGACCAGUUUCUGUCGCCUAACAACAAGCAGGCGGAUAUGAAAACCUCGAUGAUAAUGGAAAGACUUGAAGUUCCAAAGAAGAUGAAAGGAAAAAUUGGAUCACCACGCGUAGCCAUAUGCAAUCCAACCUCACCAGAUGUCUCUGUAUUGUCUCAGAAGAGGCCUCUGAUUCCUUUUCAGUCAAUUCAGGUUUCUAACCAACAGACUAUUUCAUCAAGCCAGCUCAUGAAACCCAGCUUUCAGAGACUGAAACGAAAGAAUAAGUGA